AUGGCACGAGGGGUGGGAAAGCCCCGCGACUUCGAUUACUCCAAUGUCGGAACCAAAGGAAGACGCACCGGUAUGACUCUCAAAGAGGGUCGGCGCGACGAGCAUGGAAUGGAAGAAGUAGACGGCCUCUUCUCUUCUCCUGAGAAGUCGCCAGUCAGAUUGAAUGGAUUUGAAGACGAAGAUAACUCAUCGGCUGGGUCCGAGAUCAUGUCUAUAGAUGAAGGCAAUGCGCCAGAGCCCAUGGAUUUCCUUAAAGGCGCCAACGGCCAUCGUGCCUCGUUUCUCCCCCCGCCUGCCGCGCGCUCGCCGAUGAAGUCCGGUCUCACUGGAUCUCCCCGGAGGACGCCAGCGUUGCAAUCGACUCCGGAUCCCGAAGAUCUUUCCCAGUCGUCCAGUCCGUCCGAUGGUAAAGGUUCGGCUGUCGUGCGGGAAGAGUCGCGUCAAGAUGUCUCUCCGUUAUCUACUCGCUCCUUGAACGUGGGACGACCGAACCAGAGGAAUGGCGUACGGCAGAAACCGAUAAAGAAAGCCCAGAUAGCAGCAGAAUCUGAGCCUGCGGUCCUGCAUGACUUUUCCGACUUUUCCGACGGUGACAGUGACGAGAAUUCCUUUGCUGCAGUACAACCAGACUUUGGGGACGAUCUGGAAGUCCAAUCGGGUUCCGCUGCAGUGGAGGAGUUGCCUAAUUCUCCCGAGCUGAAUCGACCUGAUCACGACGACAAUUCAUCUACGGCUGACUCGACUUCGCUUCAGGCAGAGCCGGUUGUGAGCAAGUCGACAACCAAGAGUGUGCCAAAGAAUCCCAAGGCAAACAAUCACCAGGCGAAACCUCCUGCGCCGCGCGGACGUCCAAAAGCUCAGCGCCGCGCCGCGGAAGACGAAGUCGAUCCCCGGCCAACUAAAAAGCGCAACACCGCAGAAGCGGCACAACCCGUGCGACAACCUUUGGGGCCGGAAUUGGAUCGAGUUGUUGAGAACUAUGCGAACCGCACCGGCCCUCUGAAAGGCCGAAGUCUAUACAUUUUGAAACGUGAGAUUCCUACCGACAGUAGUGCGACUCACACUCGAUCCGGGCGGGUAUCAGUCCGACCAUUGGCAUAUUGGCGAAAUGAACGAUGCGUUUUCGGUGAUGGGGAGGCAGCUGAGGGACAUCGAUAUCCUCUUUCAACCAUCAAAGAAGUCAUUCGCACCGAGGAGCAAGAGCCCACAAAGAAACCCAAGAAGGGAAAGCGCUCAGCGUCCCACAAGACCAAAUCAAAGAAGCAAAAGGAUGAAUCGUCAGACGAGGAUGAAGAUGUCGAUCUCUGGGAGAAAGAGGGCGGCGUUCUCCAUGGCUACACGCUCAAAUGGGAUGGCAAAACGCAAACCAGUUCGAAGGAGGAGGAAGUCCUAGACAUCGCAUAUGCCCCCUCAGGAAUUGAGACUAGGGAGGUGAAGGAUUCAACGUUCCGAUUUGCGAAGCUGCUAAGCUCGUCGUUCAUCGGGUCUGGAGUAGUAGAGCUCCCACCGGACGGGGUCAAGAAACCCAAAAACUCGAAAAAAAUGCAUAUGGUCUUCUAUGUCUGUCACGGGCGUGUUCAAGUGGAUAUCUCCGGGGUCCAAUUCAGUGCCGGGAAGGGUUGUGUAUUCCAGGUCCCUCGAGGUGAGCUUCAUUUUAUCUGUCUCGACACGUAUCAAUCUGUUGACGCCAGAAUUCUCUUCUUAGGCAACUAUUAUAGCUUUGCAAACACUCACCGAAAAGAGGCCCGUCUGUUCUUCACGCAAGGCUGUGUUCCAGAUGAGAGCGAGAAUGGAAACGACACGCCGCAGAUGUCUCAGGAUGUUGUUCCUGAGAGCGAAUUUGAAGCCGACACUGCUGCUGCUGCUGCUGCUGCUGCUGCUCCUGCCCCUGCUAAGAAAGGCAAGGGUCGUCCCAAGGGCAAGCAGAAGAAGACUGGCAAAUAG